AUGACUACACCUUCGAAAAAACAAUUGAAGGAAAGAGUUGAGGUUGGUCUUUCUUCUCCCAAACUCAAUGGUAGUACAAUAUCAACACCAACAUCACCAAAGUCAUGGUUUGAAAUGUUAGAACAUGACGAGGAAGAUGAUUCACAAUUGUAUUCUGAUGAACACUUCCAAAGAAUAACCACUCCUGAUGUACUUCAGCCUUCCUCUUCACCAUCAUUACUUUAUAGUGAUGAUGAAGCACAAGAUACAGAUGAAGAGGAUCUCGUUGAUGAUAAUUUAGGAGAUCAAUCUCCAUUGAGUUCAACACAUCUUCUCAGAAAUAAGUGGACUAUUUACUAUGAUCAAGGUUUCAAACAAGGAGCCUCACCUGAAGAUUAUGAACAAUCUAUCAAACAAGUUGGAGCAUUUGAUACUAUUGAAGAGUUUUGGAGAUAUUGGAAUAAUAUCAAUCUAUCAUACAACAAGAUGCCUUCCUAUCUCAAUAUUAGAUUGUUCAAAUCACACAUAAAACCACUCUACGAAGAUCCAAGGAAUAUUGAAGGUGGUCGUUGGGUAAUUCAAACACAUCACAAGGAGACGAGAAAGGAAACAUGGAAUGAAAUUGUAUUGGCAAUUAUAGGAGAAAAACAUUUUACUGACAAGUAUGAAAGUGUAGAAAUUGACAAGACAACAACAAUUGAAUAUCAAGCCAACAGAGGUGUUAAAAAGUAUAACGAGAAGGAAAAUAUCAAAAAGUCAGUCCUCAAAGCACUUAAAACUCAAGUCAGAUUUACUUCAUUCUCUCCACCUUCAUCUCCUUCAUUGAAUUCUCCUUCAUUCUCUCCUUCCUUGCCAAAGUUGCUGUCUCCACUUUCAAAUCCUGCCCAUAUGGUUACUGCCUCAGAUUUAUUACCUCCUCUCUCAUUGGAGCAAGUUGAAUCUGAAAUUAUCAAGGAUGAACAAGCAAAGAGUAUGUCUACAUCCACUGCAGCAAACAAUCCUGAAAACAAACAAAAAUCCUUAUACAGUGCUGGUCAUUCAAUUGGUCGUGUGAGUGGUGGUUUCGUUAUUGGAAGAGGUUUCCAUUUGAACAGUUCACGUAAUAGAUUACAAUCUCAAACUCCAUACAAUCAAAUAGAUUCACCAACUUCAGAAGAUGAAAUUUUGACAAGUCAAGAAAAACCUUCAUCCUGCAACUCCAAGCAAGAAGAUUCUAAAAACUCAAAAUUUGACAGAACAAACCCCAAGUCAACUGUUGAAAAUCGUUCAUCAAAGAAUGAAGAUAAUUUGAAAGCAAAAUUAAAAGUGGAAUUAACUAAUUUAUUAAAUAGUGAUCAUCAACAGGCUGCUUAUGAUAAUGAAUAUAAACUUUCGGCAAUGGGAUCAUUUAGAUAUUAUUUGAGAAAUGAUCAACCCAUACUUUUUCAAGUUAACAAAUUGAAUAGUAAUGAAAUUGUGUUUUUAACAUUUAUGAGUAGAAUGAAUCACUUAAAGAUUGGAUGUGAGAGUAUUCUAGAUGCUGCCAAGACAUCAAAUUUGGCAUCUACACUUGUAGUUGGUACUUUUGAUAUUUCCACUGGACGUAUAACAUGGCAUGCCAAGACAAAUAUUACAAAUGAAUUAUUGGGAGAUCCAAGUUUCAUACAGAAAGAUAAUGUCAUAUUUUUUUCAUUUCCUAGGGAAACUAUAGAGUAUAAACAGUUGGUAUUCAUGUCAAUUAAAAUUGGCAAUGAUACCUUUAUAUCAUCAUCCUUGGAUUAUAGAUUGAGUAGAAAACAAACGUAUAAGAAUAUAAUUACUCUCUAUGAAAAUUACUUGAUUAUUCACAGAGAAAGAUCAACAUAUGAAACUAGAAUGAAUCUUACAACUAAUCCAGUCUAUUCUCAAGUUAAAUAUGCUCCUAUUGUUACAGUAUUCCAAUAUGAGUAUAAUGAACCUAGUUUUACUGUUAAUCAUUUAUUUGAUUUGAAUUUGGAAUGUGUUUAUGAAGCUUGUCCAUAUUUUGAUUACCUACGUGUUAUUGAUAAUUAUUUAAUGUUUUCAGCAUUUGGUAGUAGAGCCAAUUUGAAAAUUAAUGGAAUUUCCUAUGAUGAGAUCCAGAGUGGAAUUAUGGCUGCAUUUUACGUGUUCAAGUUAGACUAUGCUAGCUCUUCUCUUUCGAGAAUUGGGAUUAUUUCUGUAAAUUUCUCAUCAAUUAUCAAUUUAAAUAGUACACGAUUCUAUGAUACAUUAUCGGAAAGCCCACCGAGAAUGGGUAUCAAUAGAGCAAGAGUUUACAAUGGAAAACUCUAUGGAUAUGGUUUUUAUAGUGGCACUAUUGGAAAUGUAUCAUUGGAUCCUGGACCUGGUAGUAUGAUCUUUUCAUUUGAUUUGAAGGAGAAACGACUUUUGAAUAUUAAUGUAACCAGACACACUUACCAAAUAGGAAAUGCAGCAGAAUUCUCAGAUGAUGGCCAUUUGUACUAUUUGGAUAGACCAAAAGCCAUGAUUUAUAUGAUUGAUAUUGACAGAAUGGAAGAGAAAAAUUCACAUUUACGCAGCACUUUGUUAUCUAAUAGAGUUUUUAUUGAACUCAUGCCAUACUCAUCCAAUAGAUUGAUAAUGUUAAUUUCUUACAAAUUUUCAUCAAAUACUACUUUUUUGGAUGGAAAAGAGUUGAGAAUGACAGAUACCUUCUCGCCUGGAAGAUCACUGUAUCGUGAUGUGUAUUUCAUUGCAUUUUUUGAAUUUACAACAAGUAUUCAGGAGAGUUUUUCUCAACAAUGUUCAACACCAAUAUGUGGAGAAAACAUCUUGUCAGCAACUGUACCAUUUUUGUGUGGAGGAGAGGGAACAUGUCUAUUCGAUAGCUCCAAGAAGGUUUCAACUGUUUGUAGUUGUCCUACAGAUAUAGAUCACUUGUGGACCAAUAUGGGAGAAUAUUGCAACGUUGACAAUACUCACCUUUUCAUUGCAAUUAUUGUUAUUUCAGCAUCUAUUUUAUCCUUGUUAAUUGGUUUUGGAGUUACUAUUGGUAUCGCAAAGGGUGUUUUGAAAUUGAGAAGAAACCUCGAAUUGUUGAAAACAAAGGAAAAGAAUGAAAUUGAAUUACAAAAGAGAUUGUUGGACUUUCAAUUUAUUAAUUCCGAUGCAAUCACAUUUAAGGAUGUUAGUUAUAUUAUUCAUAUGGAGGAUUUAAAGUUCCUGACAAGAGUUGCAGAAGGAGGUGGAGGUGUAGUAUUUAAAGGAGAAUGGAGAGGUGUUGAGGUUGCCAUAAAGAAGGUGAAAUACAGCAGUGAUGAUACCUCAUUCGAAAAGGAGGCCAGUUUGCUCAGUCAACUCAGACAUCCUAAUAUAGUAGCAUUCUUUGGAGUGAGUGUAACCGAGAGAGAGAAAUUCCUUGUUACUGAAUGGAUGCCAAGUGGCUCCUUGGAUGGAUUAAUUUCCAAUGCAGUCAAGGGAAAGAUUAUGCUCAAAUUCAAACAAAAAGUUUCAAUCAUGAUGGAUAUUUGUAAGGGUAUGGCCUAUUUGCAUUCCUCAUCAAUUAUUCACAGAGAUUUGAAACCAGGUAAUGUCUUGAUUGGAUCGAAUGGUGAAUGUAAGGUUUGUGAUUUUGGUCUCAGUACUUCAUCGAUGGAGAAUACAUCUGAUGAAUUGGUUGGCAAUGUUGGUACACUCUUGUGGUCUAGCCCUGAAGUAUUGCAAGGUCUUCCAAUUGAUGCAAAAAUUGAUGUUUUCAGUUUUGCAAUUAUCAUGUAUGAAAUUCUAUUCGAAACUGUUCCAUACUCAAUAUCUAAACGUGUAGAUCCAAGCUAUUUCACCGAUUCUGAUAGCAAUCAAUCAGAGGAUUUGAAGAUUUAUUCAUUACUCAACAAUAGAAAUGGUACAGAGCUAGCCAGAUAUAUCAUUCAUGGAAUUAGACCACUCAUUCCUUUCAAUAAUAGAGAUCAAUGUAAGAGAUGGAUAAGUAUUUAUCACAACCCAGAAAAAGAAGGUGUCAAACCAGAAGCACUUUCCUCUGUUAUUUUCUUGUUUGUAUUGUUGAUGAAAAAGUGCUGGUCGGAACCUGAAAUUAGACCAAGUUUUGAUUCCAUACUUUCCACUCUUACAACUAUCAAGAAAACUAUUAAAAAAAAUUAGUUUC